AUGGCGGAGACAAUUCCGGCCUUUCCCCACACUAAAGAUAUUUGGACAUUCCUUUUCGACCAAGCUGGCAAGCCUUUCCCCGAUUCACAAGUUAUAUUUGAGUCGGCUACAACUAACAGUAGACGGACCUAUGCUGAUAUUCGCUCCACCGCCCAAAGCUUUGGGGCCAAUUUGCAAGCCAACUGGGACUGGAAGAAAGGAGACGUUCUCGUAAUUCUUUCGCCAAAUUCUGUAGAUACACCAGCUCUGGUAUGGGGAUGCCAUUGGGCGGGCGGAAUAGUGUCGCCUGCGAACCCCGGUUACAAAGUCAAUGAAUUGCGAUAUCACUUACUUGACAGCGAAAGCAAGGGCAUCGUCGUCCACGCUUCUCUUAUACCGGUUGCUGUCGAGGCUGCAAAAGCUGCAGGAAUAUCCUUGGAGAGGGUAUUGGUCGUAGGCGGAAAUGAAGCUGAUGCUAUUCCUCACCGGCUUAUGCACAUCACACAAAUGCUGCAGAAUACGCCUCCAAAAGGCGUGCGUCCAGUAAUCAAUCCGUUAGUAGAUGUGGCAUUCCUAGUCUACUCGUCCGGAACGACGGGGACUCCGAAAGGAGCGAUGGUUACGCACUCAAAUGUGGUCUCGGCUGUUACACUACAGAGCCAUGUCGAGGGUAAGUACCUCGACUGGAAGUCUGAUCGAAUUUUGGCACUUCUCCCUACAUAUCACAUAUAUGGCCUUAUUUGCCUACUUCAUUUGCCAAUGCAUUUGGGCCUACGGACUGUGAUCAUGGAGAAGUUCACCGUGGAUAGCUUCAGGCGCCAUGUUGAGGACUAUUCCAUCUCGCACGCUUAUGUUGCUCCUCCCGUAGUUCUAUACAUGGGAAAGGAUCCCAAAUUCCAAGGGGCAAAUAUGUCUUCAUUACGGAUGGUAACCUCUGGUGGCGCUCCGCUUGGGGAGGAACUGGUGCGAGCCGUAUACCGGCGGUUGCGAAUUCCUGUUCGACAAGCUUUCGGCCUUACCGAAACGACAGGAGUUUGCCAUAUCCAAAGGUGGAACCAGUGGGACAUCGGUGUAGGGUCCAAUGGGCCGCCCUUGACCGGACUCGAGGUAAAAUUCACGGACGAGAAUGACCAAGUUGUUACAGACGGGGAAGGUGAAUUAUGUAUUCGUGGUCCAACUAUAUUCAAAGGUUACCACAAGAGACCUGAGUCUACUGCCCGUUGCCUGACUCCAUCAGGCUGGUUCAAAACUGGGGAUAUUGGAUAUCAGGACAAGGAUGGCAAUCUCUACAUAACCGACCGUUUGAAGGAUUUGAUCAAAUUUAAAGGCUAUCAGGUUGCACCGGCGGAACUAGAGGCACUUUUACAGGGGCAUCCACUGGUUGAAGACACAGCUGUAGUGGGAGUUUUCAACAAAGAUAUUGCGUCCGAAGUGCCGCUUGCCUACGUUGUUCUGAAGGACCCGAUAAAGGCAGCCAACGAGAGAGCUGCACAGAUAUUGUUGCAGUAUGUAGCAGAUCGAAUGUCCCACUAUAAGAGGCUCAGGGGAGGGAUAGUAUGGAUUAAUGAGAUUCCCAAAAGCCCCUCCGGAAAGAUCUUAAAGCGAGUUCUCAAGGAAAGGCUUCAGGCCGGGGAUCAAGACAAAGCCAUUCAACCAGAUACAAGGCAUAGCGACGGAAGACCAAAGCUAUAG